AUGCGCGCGCAGGGGCCGGGGAUGCCGCCGGGGCCUCACCACCCGCCGUACCCCUCGCAGGGGAUUGCGCAUGGGCCAGCAGCACCCCAUGCGCUGCAGUACCCCGCGCUUCCGGGGUCCGCCCCUCCCCACCCCCUGCCUCACGCUUCCCCUUCUCCUUUUGCGCCUUCUCCGGCUUUUGCGCCUCCCGUUCCCCUCGGCGCCCCCCCGGCUCCAGCGGCCGCCGCCAUGGCGGCUGUCAUCUCCGGCGGCGGCCCCCCGCUCCCCGCGGGGGAGGAGCUCCCGUGGGAGAAGGGCGGAAAGAAGGGCGCGGGGAAGGGCGCAGGCGGAGGGGUGAAAGGGGGGAAGAAAUCGAGGUGGGACCGGGAGGCGCAGGGGAAAGGGGAGGAGAAGGUGGAGGAAAGGGAGGAGGAGAAGGGGAAAGGGAAGGAAGGAGGGGGAGCGGAAGAAGGUGGUGGAGACAAGGAGGGGGGAGAGGGGGAUGAGAAGGAAGGAGCGGGGAAGCAAGGGGAGGGGACUGAGGACGCAACCAAGGAGAAAGAGGGGGAGGGAAAGGAGGUCAAGGAGGGGAAGGAGAUAAAGGAGGGGAAGGAAGAGAAGAAGGAGGAGCAGGCGGAGGAGGGAGUGGAGGAAUGGACGGCGCACAAGACGGAGGAGGGCACGGUGUAUUACUACAACACUGUCACUGGCCGCUCCACCUACCACAAACCCAAAGGCUUCAAACUCCAGGAGGACAAGGUGGAGAAGCAGCCCACUCCCGUCGCAUGGGAGCGAGUGCAGGGCACGGACUGGGCGCUGGUGUCGACGAGUGAUGGCAAGAAGUACUUUUACAACACCGUCACGCAGGGCACGAGCUGGCAGGUGCCCGGGGAGGUGCAGGAGGUGCGGAAGCGGCUUACUUGCCAUCCUACCUUCCCCCUUGACUCGCUCCUUACCCUCUCCACCUCCCAUGCCCCUCCGCCCCCCCCUUCCCCCCUCCGCCAGGACACGAGCUGGCAGGUGCCCGGGGAGGUGCAGGAGGUGCGGAAGCGGCACGAGGCGGAGGAGGAGGAGCAGGCGCGCGCCGCCAGCAAGCUCUCCUUCUCGCUGGCGGGGCGGGGGGGCGCGGGGGCGGCGAGCAAGGCGGGCGCAGCAGCAGGGGGCAAGGCGACGGCGCUUGAGGUGGUCAAGAAGAAGCUGCAGGUGAUUACGGUAGGGGGGGGGGGGAGGGGGGAGGGGGAGAGGGCGGGUGGUAGAUUAGGGUUGACGGCGGGCGCAGCAGCAGCAUUGGGCAAGGCGACGGCGCUGGAGGUGGUGAAGAAGAAGCUGCAGGACGCCGACAAGGAGAUGAAGGCAGGCGCAGCAGCAGCUGCUGCUGUCAUGGCUGCUCCGACUGCUGCUGCUGCUGCGACGACCAAGCCUGGAAAGAGCAGUGCAGGAGCACAGGGUGGGGAUGGGAAGGAGGUCAACGCAGUCAACGGAGUCAAGGGAGUCAAUGGGGAGAAGGAGGGCGAAGAAGGCAAGCAGGAGGGAGAGGAUGGUGGAGGGGAGAGGGGAGACGGUGGAGAGGUGGCACAGGGGAAGGAGGGCGGGGAAAAGGGCGGCGGGGAGAAGGAGGGUGAGGAGAAGGAGGGUGAGGAGAAGGGGAGUGAGGAGAAGGGCGGGGCGGAGGUUCCGUUGGAAGAGCUGAGUCUGGAAGAAAGGGCCAUGAAGUUCCGUGAGAUGUUGAAGGAGAAGGGAGUGGCGCCAUUCUCCAAGUGGGAGAAGGAGCUGCCCAAGCUCAUCUUCGAUGCGCGCUACAAGGCCAUCCCCUCGCUGCCAGAGCGGCGGGCCAUAUUUGAGGAGUUUGUGCGCACGCGGGCAACAGCGGAGCGCAAGGAGAAGCGGUCGGCACACAAGGCGGCUGUGGAGGCGUUUAAAGCCCUGCUGGACGAGAUGGAGGAGAGCGGGGACCUGACACACGAGUCAACGGUGGAAACGCUGCACGGCGAUGCCAAGUGGGGCUCGGACCCGCGCCUGCUGGCUGCAGCGCUGGAGGACAAGGACCGCCUCGCACUUCUCAAUGAGCGGGUGGUGCCGCUGAAGAGGUUGGAGGAGGAGAGGCAGCAGGAGCGCAAGGAGGCGGCUGAAGAAGCGUUUGUGGAGAUGCUGAAAGAGUACCGUGGCAAGCGCUACAUUGCCCUCUCCUCCCGCUGGUCCAAGCUGCGGGAGGAGUUGAAGGAGGAUGAGCGGUACAGUGCGGUGGAGCACUGGGAGGACCGCGAGCGGCUGUUUGACGCAUUCAUGGACACACUGCAGCGCGAGGAGGAGGAGAAGGAGAGAGAGGCGCGCAGGCGGUGGGAGGAGGAGAUAUCGUGGAUUGAUGCUCGGGAGAAGCUGGAGGAGGACGAGGCGUCGUGCUAUUGGAACAAGGAGCUCACCAGCCGCGACCGCCAGGACCUCUUCUACGAGCACAUGGCCCGCCUCAUCAAGCGCGUGCAGAGGGAGUUCCGCGAGCUACUGGAGGAGGAGCUGUCAGUGGCCGCCAUCUCCGAGGCUCGUGAGGACGGGCUCCGCCUCGCCUCCUCCUGGCCCGAUGCUAAGUCCGUGCUUCGGCACCAGGACCGGUACCGCGACCUGGUCCGGCACGAGCGGGAGGAGCUGUGGCGCGAGCAUGUGAGGAGCCUGGAGGGGGAAUUGAGGGAGGCUGGGGUGAUCGAUGACGACGGGCAGGAGGUGGAUGUUGCCGCGGUGAAGAGGGAUCGGAGGCGGAGGAGGAGGAGGAGGGAGAGGGAAGAGGAGGAUGAUGAGGAGGAGAAGAGAGGAGGUGGGGAGAAGGGAGAGGAUAAGGAGGAGAGGGGAGAAGGGAGAGCGUUGGGAGAGGGUGGAGGGGAGGGAGAGGAGGAGAGCAGGGAGGAGGGUGAGAAGGCGGAUGAAGAAGGGGAGAAAGAGGGGAAAGGGGUGGGUGAAAAAGAGAUGGAGGAGGCGGAGAGAGGGGAAAGGGAUGGCGUGGAGGUGGAAGAGGUAGAUAAGGACGAGGAUGAGGAGAGGGAGAAGGAAGAGAAGGAGAACGAAGAGAAGGUAGAGGAGGAGAAGGAAGAGAAGGAAGAGAAUGUUGAGAGAAAGAGUGAACUGGGCAGCAAUGCAGUGGGGGCCGAAGGAGAGGCUCUGGCGGAGCAUGGAGUGGGGAGGCAAGGAGUGGAGCGCGGAGAGGAUGAGGGGGGGAGCGGUUGGGGAGACAUGAACAAGGAAGGGAGCGAGAGGGAGAAGUGGGAGGAUGAUUUGAGGGGGGAGGACGGGGAGACAGGCGGGGGGAUGGCUGUGGCUGUGGAUCUUGGGAAAGAGACGGAUAGGGAGGGAGAACGAGGAGAGGCCGACGAGGAGGAGAAGAGCAAGAGGUCUGAGGAGAGGGAGAAGGAGAGGAGAGUGAAGAAGCGGGUUGAUGAUGGGGACGAGGAGGGAGAUGACGAGGAGGGGUGGGAUAAGGAGCACACGCACAAGCACAGCCACAGGGAGAAGCGAGAGGAAAGGCGCGCGGAAAAGGAGAGGGAGAAAGAGAAGGAGAGGAAGAAGGAGAAGGAGAGGGAGAAGGAGAGGGAGAAGGAGAGGAAGAAAGAGAAGGAGAGAGAGAAAGAAAGGAAGAAGGAAAGGGAGAAGGAGAGAGAGAGGGAGAAGGAAAAGGAGAGGGAGAGGGAGAGGGAGAGGGAGAAGGAGAGGGAGAGGGAGAGGGAGAAGGAGAGGGAGAGGGAGAGGGAGAGGGAGAGGGAGAAGGAGAGGGAGAGGGAGAGGGAAAAGGAGAGGGAGAAGGAAAGGAAGAGGGAGAAGGAGAGGGAGAGGGAGGAGAAAGAGAAGAAGAAGAGGGAUAAAGGACGAGAUGAAGAGAGGGAUGAAAAACGCCGGCACCGGAGGAGGGAGGAUAGCAAGGAGAGUGCAAGGGAGGAGGACGAGGAGACGGAUGAGAAGGUGAAACGGGGAAGGCGACAUGGGCAUGAGCACAAGCAUAAGCGUGAGGGGCGUGAGAGGGGGGAGGAGGAGGAGGAAGGGAAGAAGGAGAAGAGGCGUGAGAGGGAGAAGAAACGAGAACGGCGAAGAGGGCAGGAAUCUGACGAGGACAGGGAGGAGGGGACGAGGACGACGCGAAGUGGUAAGGAUGGUGAGAGGGAGGAGGGGGGAGACAGCGAGGGAGGUAAAAGGAAGGAGAGGGAGGGGAGGGAUGAGAGGAAGAAGGGAAGGGAGAGGAGGCAGAGUAGUGAUGAGGACAGGGAGCAUGGUGAGGAAGAGGAGAGGAAAGAGAGGCACAGAGGUGAGGUGAAGAAGGAGGGUCGUGGGGGGCGGAAAAGGGAAAGAGAUGAUUCGGAUAGAGACAGUGCUGAUGAUGGCAGUGCGGAGAGGGCGAGGAGAAAGGGAGUUAGGGAAACGAGGAGGAAGGAUGAGAAGAGGGAUAGGCGGGGAGGAGUCGAGAGGGAUGAUGCUGAUAUGAAGGACAGGAAGAGAGGGAGGAGGGAGGAGAGCGAUGGGGACAGCGAUAGUGGAGAGAAGAGGCGGGGUAAAGGAAAGCACGGUGAGCGAGACAAGGGUGACAGGGACAGCGACCGGGGCGGAAGGCGCGGCAAUCGGAGGGAAGAAGAGCGGAAUAAGGUUAAACGGAUGGAGAAGGGGAGUGAGAGCGUGUCAGAUGAUGAUGAGAGUGAUGGAGAGAAGAGGGGGAAGGAUUGGGAGGAGGAGGAGGAGGAGAGGAGGGGCAAACAGAGGGAUGUGAGGGAGGGCAGGGGAGGGGAGCAUGAAGAGUCUCGAAGCACGGAGAAAGGGGUGAAGUCUCCAGAGAAAAUUAGACGGAAGGAGAAAUCGAGAGAAGAGAGCAUUGAGGAUGAGACGAGGAAGCGAAGGGCGGACGGAUCAGACUCUAGUGGAGGAGACUCAGAGGAGGGGAGUGGGGGUGGUGGGAAGGUGGGGAAUAGGAGGUCGAGGGGAGAUGGCAAAGUGAGUGAUGAUGAGGGGGAGGAUGAAGAUGCGAGGAGGAUGAAGGAGAGACGGAGAAGGAAUGCGGUACGAAAGGGACGGAAGCGAGGGAGGGGUGAUAGCCAGUCGGAUGAUAGCAAUGAGGAGAGGAGGAGGAAAGGCAGGAAGGAAGAAAGUGACAAUGAGAGAGAGACUCCGAAGGCGAGAGGAAGGGAGGAGGAAGAAGAGUCGGAAAAGGAAAGGGCCGCUGCUCUCCGCUAUGGGCCUGAUACCCCUGAGAGCUCCCAUGGUGCUGAGAUGAGCGAUAGAGAGGAGAAGAAGAGUGGUGGGGUGGAGAGGAAGAGUGAUGGGGAAGGGAGAAUUAGAGAUGAGGCAAGAGGCAAGAGAGAAAGGAGUCCGAGCAGUGAAAGGAGCGAGGAGUCGGAGGGGGCGGUUGCAGUGAGAAGGGCGAGAGAGGAGAGGCGAGGGAAGGAGAUUAUUGAGGAUGCGAGUGAGGGACGAGAUACUUCGAAGAAGAGGGAUGAGAGUGAGAGUAGGAGCGGGGGGGAGGAGAGCGGCCGAGAGGAGCAGGAGAAGAGGAGGUUGAUGAAGAAGCGUGAGGAGACCGAGCAGCGUGUUAGGGGGAAGGAGACGUCAGCUGGGAGCAGCAGUGAGGGCGACGAGGGGAGGAGCGCGAGGAGGAGUGGGGACAGGCGUGUGGACAGGGGGCGAGGUGGAAGGAAGGGAGGGAGGGAUGUGAAAGGAGAACGGGAGAGGAGCAGGAGCAGCAGCAGGGGCAGAAGCAGAAGCAGGAGCAGGAGCAGGAGCAGGAGCAGGAACAAGGGCAGGAGCAGGAGCAGGAGCAAGAGCAACGAGAGAAAAAGCAGGACGAAGAGAGAUAGAGAUGAGGAGGAGGAGGAGGAGAAGGAGAGCUCAAAGAAGCAUGAGAAGAAGCAGGAGGGCAGGGGCAGUGAGAAAAAGAAACGGGGCAGCCACUCGGGCGAGAAGGCGAGGCGGAAAGUGAAGGAGGAUAGUGACAGCGAGAGGAGCGGGCGUGUGGAGAGUGAGGGGGGCGGCAGUGAUGGGGAUGAGGGGAAGGCGGUGAGCAGGAGGUCUGAUAGGAAGGGCAGCAGCAGGAGCCAUGAGACGCAGUCUCGUGGGAGGUAUGAGAAGGAGAGAGGUGAGAGGGAAGGGAGUGUUGGCAGCAGUGAUGGCAGCAGGGGGAGUGGAAGAGAGAGGUAUGAGGAAGGGGGCAGACGUAAGGCUGGUGCCAGUGGGCGGGAGCGGGAGAGGAGCAAGGAUAGGAAGGGAAGUGAGAGUGAGAGUGAUAAGGAUAGGCGCAGGGAGAGGGAGAAGCGCAGGCACAGUGGGAGGAAGAACAAGCGGGAGAGUGAUGAGAGUGAUAGCGAAUCGGAGAGGAGAAGUGGAAGGAAAGAGCGAAGGGAGAGGAGGAGCGGAGGAGGUAAGGGGAGGCAUCAGGAGAGGGAGAGGGACGGGAAGAGCCGUGGGAGUGGCAGGAGGGCCAGGGAGAGGGACAGUGAUAGUGAACGGCGCAGUGUGAGUGAGAGUGGGAGUGAGUGA